UAUACAUAAGUUAAAGGAAAAGAAAACACGCUGCCAACUGUGCCGUAACACGGAGGCAUUGAAAAAAGUUCCAGCCGCCACGACUUCAACUCCAACUCGAGCCAACAAAUUAACGCACUAAUUAAAGGCCGCGACGAAAACGUGCAGCAGGACGACAAGGACAUCGCUGCCGCCGGCAUCGCCGCUGUCAAACACGCCUCCAAUUUGCCUCGCACGCGAGUUUGUGCUACUUUUAUAGAUAUAGCUACGUAUGUUUACCUGUGCGGGGCUUACUGCAACGCGCGCCUUGACGUAACUCCGGCACAAGCCACGUAACAGCACGCCCGGACCCGCCCGACUUCGGCUACAGCUAAGGUCCGAGGCGCGGACCAUGCAUGAAUGUAACGGUAACACCAUAACGCCUUAACUUGAGUCACAACUUUCCACAAGACCAAAUAAUAAUUUGACGAUUACGAGAAAGCAGGAGCAGAAAACAACAAGGAAAGAGAGAUACAAACAGAAUAUUAGCAAUACGAUUUUUUCUGUGGCAGAAACCCUAUUGUAGCCGUUCUUUGUGAUAUUCGAAACAUAUGUUAAACGAUCCUGAAAUCAAAUAAUAAUACAACUGUGUGUGCUCUCCGCCUGCUGCCCACCAUUCUUCAGUUCGCCCGCCCCGCCUGUCAUCGCCACCAAAACUCCACCUAAAACCUGAGCAAGAUAAACAAGAGACACCAAAAUAACGGCACAGAGAAACCCUUAGAGAAUAAAGCGACGUCUAUAAUCCAAAGUACAAAAGAUAACACGAAAAAAUACUAAAUCUACAAAUAUAGUACGUAUAUACACAAUGUCAAUAAGAGCCUAAAGAAAAAAAAAUGCAACAUAUGGUAUUAAUAUAUUAACUUAGUAGUCAUAUACGUUAACCAUAACCUCAAACUCAACUUUAGCGAGCGCCCAACUAAAACUCCAGCUCCAACUCCAACUCGAAAGCGAAACCAAAACCAAAAGCAAAACCAAACCCAACCAAACCAUAAGCAAUAUAACUAGUGCUGUUAACUAUUUUAGUAACUAUAUUUUAGACAGUCAACCUACGUUACUUAACACCUCUAACUAUAACCCACCAAAACGCACACACACACACACACACCAACAAGGCACGCAGAGAUCGCAAAGGAAGAUAACAAAAGAAAAAAAAACCAAACAGUGUUAAAAGCAAGUGAAAGAGUAAAACAAUAAAAAGCCGCUUCUAAACACUAAAAACGAUUACGAAAUGCUCAGCAUGCGGUUGCUGUGAGUGAGAUAUAGAGCGAGAGGAAGAGAAGAGAACUUUAGUUAAGCAACAACGAAAAGCAAUUACUAUUUUGUUUAUGUGUCCCUUAUAUGUCGUGUACUUGUACUUGUAUUAGUUAAUUCCAAACAGGAGGCAGUGCAAAAGAUAGAGAGAGAGAGAGAGUGAGAGAGAGGCAGAGAGUUAGAGAUUACACACAAAUACAAAAAACACACACACACACACAAUUACAAUCGCAUGCUCGAUUAUCAUAUGCAGCAAACACACACACGAUGAUAAAGCCCAGAAUUGCGACAGGCGUUACGGAUUGCGCUAUAUGGCAAUAACAACAACAACAACAACAACAAAAACAUCAGCAGCAGCAACAUAAAAAAAAUCAAACAGCAGCAGCAGCUGGGUGCUUGUGUGUGUGUGUGUGUGUGUGUGUGUAAGCGCGCGCGACUCUGUGUACGUGUGUUAGAAGGCGCAAGUUGUGAGUGGAGCGACGACGACGAAAACGAAGAGGAGGUGGAGGAGGAGGGAGGAGCAGGAGAAGAAAGAGAAGGAGGAGCAACGGCAUAACUGUGUACCUAACGGCAAAAAUCAAAUUUUACCGUUUCCAUGCGGAGCUGCUGUUGGUGCUGGCUGGUAACAAAAAAUGCACGUUAAACACACACAGCGGCGAGUUAGCGGUCCUGGAGCAUUCGGAACAUUUACCAACGACCAACGCGCCAGCCGAGACAACUUGUGCCCCGACGAUCAGCAGCAGCAGCAGCAGCGGCAUUCGCACUCGCACCAGCACUUGGUGCGUCAGUCUCUGAUCAGCCUCAGCUACGCACAGGCGGGAACGAACUCCGCGGCGGCGGCGUCGACUGGGCCCAUACCCGUUCACUCGCAGUACUCGGCAUCGACCUCUGUGCGCAACAGUCCCAGUCCCAGCCCGGCGGCGGAUCAGCACAGCUGCAGCAGCGGCAGCCUUGGAGUUCCACGCAGUCGGCGCGGCGAGCCGCCGGAUCGAGAUCGUGACAGAGAUCGGGACAGAGAUCGGGACGGGGACAGCGUCUCGCUGCUGAGAGGCGCCGCUGGCUUGGCCCAGCUGGGGCUUGAUGAGCCGCGCGCGCAACGGCAGCGCAGCAGCAGCAGUCGUCUAUCGAGCAUCGGCAUCUCGAAGCAGAACUCCAGCGACAGCCGCAGCGGACUGCGCAUUCUCGAUCCGGCGCCCUCGCACAGCCACAGUCCGGUCAGCUGCGGUACGCAGAGCGUGAGCAGCACUGGCGGUCACUCGGCUCUCUACGAUGCCUGUCACGAGUACACGCGCAGCUUGAGUGCAGCACCAGCAUCCGGGCGCGACCAGGAACAGGAACAGGAGCAGGAACAGGAUCAGGCGUCAGCAGCUGGCGGCGCUAUUGGAGCAGCGCCCGGUGGCCUGCUGAAGAGCCAUUAUAGCGAGCAGCAGCUAUCGGAGCCGCACUUCACCAAUCUCAAUCUCAAUCUCAAUUUGAGCAGCGACUACGAUACGGGCAGCGACAAGCAGCAGCUGGUCAAUCAGACGUACAUCUUCAAGUGCAUUGCGAACAGUCCGUCAUUUCUGCGCACCAACAAGAUCAAGGAGCAGUCCAAGAAGUUGCGCAACUUAUCGCUUAAAACGCGCACCGCCAAAAAGAAGGGUCAGAUCAUUUCCAAGUCGAACGCCGUCUCCGACAAUUCGCUGCAUCCGGGCGACAAGUAUCUGAACUUGUAUCUGGUCGAGAAGAAGCACUCGCUGCAGCCACAGCCACAGCCCAAUCCAGCUGCCAGCUGCUCAGCCUCAUCCUCUUCCUCAGCGGCGGCAGCAGCGUCAGCGGCGGCACGUCAACAGCAGCUGCCGGCCCUGUCGGCGGUUGCGGCACGACAACAGCAGCUGCUGCUGAACGGCUCGCUGAAGGGCAAGACGAAGACGUUUCCCGCAUAUCGAGCAUCGGUGCGCAGCGAGAGCGACGAGAAGGAGUAUCGGGGGGGCAGCAACACGAUACCAACAACGGGCAAGAGUCCGCCGGUGCCGCACUCGCUGGCGGCCAAGAUCAGCGGCAAGAACUGCAACAAUCUGCUGCACAGCGCCGGCAACAAGCUUAGCGUCAGCAGCAACUCCUGCCACAAGCUACAUGCCCACGGACAGGGUCACGGUCACGGACAGGGACAGGGACACGCCGUCUACAGCACACAAUCGCCGAAGAGCUCCGUUUCGAGCAACGGGCAUCUGAAUAAGUACUGCCUGACGGAUCUGACGCGGCGCAAGGCCGAGUUCAAUCGCCAGCUGAGCGCGCCGACAGACUACACGCACCACUCCACGUCCAGCAACGGCUCCCAGCAGGGCUCCGAGGCGGCCCAUGAGCCGGUGGGCGAGUCGACGAUCACAGUAGCCAGCGCCGGAGUGCCUGUGGGACACGGACAAGCGCACGGCCACACGCGAAGUCUUGGCGGCGGCGCCGCCGGUCAGGCGUCCACGGCGCCGGCCACACUCAAAUCGCUGCAGCUUCAGCACAACUUUGGUGUACACCAUCCGCCGGCACGGGCCACGUCCACGUCGUGCACCAAUAGCUUCAAUCGGCGGCACAUACGCCGGCACAAGAGCAAGCUAAGCGAGCGCCUGCUGAACGGCGAUAGCGAAGAAUCGGUGCGCUGCUCUUACUGCUCCGUAUUGAAUGUGAAUGAGAACGACUUGCGCAUUUCAUUUGAGAACACCUGCACCGACUCCCUGGUCACCGCUUUCGAUGAUGAGGCGCUGCUAAUAUGCGACCAAGGAACCGAAAUGGCAAGAGCAAAGGUACACUUUGAUGAUGUGUCGUUGUACGGCACUCCGAAAGAGGAGCCAAUGCCCAAUAUACCGAUAGUCUCGGAAAAAGUCUCGGCGAAUUUCCUAAAAAGUCAAUUGCAAUCAUGGUUCCAGCCGACAGACAAUCGUCUGGCCAUGAAAUUAUUUGGCAGCCGCAAGGCCUUGGUCAAAGAACGCAUACGUCAGAAAACUUCCGGGCAUUGGGUAAUACACCCGUGCAGUUCAUUCAGGUUUUACUGGGACCUUUGCAUGCUUUUAUUAUUAGUAGCAAAUCUUAUUAUCCUGCCAGUCGCAAUAUCAUUCUUCAACGAUGAUCUGAGCACACGAUGGAUUGCCUUCAACUGCCUAAGUGAUACUAUUUUUUUAAUAGAUAUUGUAGUCAAUUUUAGAACAGGAAUUAUGCAACAAGACAACGCUGAACAAGUAAUAUUGGAUCCAAAGCUUAUAGCUAAACACUAUUUAAGAACCUGGUUUUUUCUCGAUUUGAUUUCGUCGAUACCAUUAGAUUAUAUAUUUUUAAUUUUCAAUCAAAUUAUGAAAUUGCAGGAUUUUUCUGAUUCUUUUCAAAUAUUGCAUGCCGGACGCGCUCUGCGCAUCCUACGUCUAGCCAAAUUACUUUCCCUAGUUCGCCUGCUCCGGCUCUCCCGUCUCGUGCGCUACGUAUCCCAAUGGGAGGAGGUCUAUAUUCUGCAGAAUCUACAGAAAAAAAGUGCUGAUCGCAGAGGGAGAAUGCACAGAAAAGACAAAGAUGGCUUGACAAAAAGCAACCUAAUUCUCAAGUUCCUCAAUAUGGCCUCGGUUUUUAUGAGGAUCUUCAAUUUAAUUUGCAUGAUGCUCUUAAUCGGACACUGGAGCGGCUGUCUGCAGUUCUUGGUGCCAAUGUUACAGGGUUUUCCAUCUAAUUCCUGGGUAUCCAUCAACGAGCUACAGGAAUCAUAUUGGCUGGAGCAAUACUCAUGGGCAUUAUUUAAGGCCAUGUCACAUAUGCUGUGCAUAGGAUACGGCAGAUUUCCGCCACAAUCACUGACGGACAUGUGGCUGACGAUGCUCUCGAUGAUAUCGGGCGCCACAUGUUAUGCAUUGUUCCUUGGUCAUGCGACCAAUCUAAUACAGAGCUUGGACUCCAGCCGGCGGCAGUAUCGCGAGAAGGUCAAACAGGUGGAGGAGUAUAUGGCCUAUCGCAAAUUGCCGCGCGAUAUGCGGCAACGCAUUACGGAAUAUUUCGAGCAUCGGUACCAGGGUAAAUUCUUCGAUGAAGAGUUGAUACUUGGCGAGUUGAGCGAGAAACUGCGCGAGGAUGUCAUCAACUACAAUUGCAGGUCCCUCGUGGCGUCAGUGCCUUUUUUUGCUAAUGCCGAUUCGAAUUUUGUUUCCGACGUAGUUACCAAACUGAAAUACGAAGUUUUCCAACCAGGUGAUAUUAUCAUAAAGGAGGGCACGAUCGGUACAAAGAUGUACUUCAUACAGGAGGGCGUUGUGGACAUUGUCAUGGCCAACGGCGAGGUUGCCACCUCGCUAUCGGACGGCUCCUACUUCGGUGAGAUCUGUUUGCUGACCAAUGCGCGCCGGGUGGCCAGCGUGCGAGCCGAAACCUAUUGCAAUCUAUUCUCGUUGAGCGUGGAUCAUUUCAAUUGCGUUCUGGACCAGUAUCCGCUGAUGCGCAAGACCAUGGAAACCGUGGCUGCCGAGCGGCUAAACAAGAUUGGCAAAAAUCCGAAUAUAAUGCAACAAAAGGACGAGCAACUAAGCAAUCCAGAAUCGAAUACAAUUACGGCGGUGGUCAAUGCAUUGGCCGCCGAGGCCGACGACUGCAAGGAUGAUGACAUGGAUCUCAAGGAGAAUUUACUGCAUGGGUCUGAGUCGAGCAUUGCUGAGCCGGUGCAAACGAUACGCGAGGGCCUGCCACGGCCCCGAAGCGGCGAGUUCCGGGCUCUGUUCGAGGGAAAUACUCCAUGACACUGAGGCAUCACAACCAGCCCAAUCGGCGUGCAUCGAGCCACCAUCUGAGUAGCGGUUCGCAGUCCCCGAAAAACAAAAGCAAAUAGCAAUACACAAUACACAUACAUGGGACACACACAGACACAUAUACACACACACCCACACCCACACACACAUGCGUAUAUAAUAAUUAGUAAAAAAAGAAAACCCUAAAAAAAAGUACAGCAAAAUGAUGAAUCAAUUUACGGUAGUCUACAUAUAUAUGCAAUUGCGAUUUAGUAGAAAAUGACAACAGCAACAACAACAACAAAAACAACAACAACAAAAGAGAUAGUAAACGUAUUACACAACAAUGUCCUCAAUAAUUAUUCAUAAUUUCAGCUCCGCUAACUGUGAUGAACUUUAAUAUAAGAAUCGAAAAAAAAAAAAAUGAAAAACUAAAAAAAAAAAUGAGUACAUGAAUAACUUAUACGAUAAAAUUCAGCAGCCAGUUAAAAGCAUUCACACAGACACGACACGGCCACACACACACACACACACAGACGCAGACUUACAACACACAUACAUAUAUAAGUAGUAAAUCUACAUGAUAAGUUUUAUGCCCACGAUAUUGUAACGGAUAACGAAGUGAAUAGGUGUUAGUCCUAUGGACCUACUACUACUAACAAAACUCUCUCACACACAGACAAACAGACAGACGCACACACACAACCCCACACGUGCAUGAACUUAUGAUAUAAUGAAAACCGUUACGUUAUGCAUACAACCAAAAAAAUAAAAACAACAAAUGGAAUAUAAAUGCGCGUAGCUAUAUUAUGUACUCAAGAGCAAACCAAGAAUUAUGUAUUAUUGCGAUUAUAUAGCAUAUUUAAAUACGCAUUGCAAAAUGAAAACAACACUCAGCAAUACGAGUGCACACGACGAAGAACAAAAACAAAAUACAAUAUUAUCAAAAAAAAAAAAAAACAAAAAAAGGAAGCAACUUUAACGAAAUGCAUUAGUAGUUGAACUAUUAGUUUUUCACUCACAACAAAAAAAAAAAAAACGAAAAGAAGAGAAUAGAAUACCAACACACACUCUGACACAACGUAGUAGAGCAGCCUCAAAAAAAAUAUAUAUAAAAUGAAAAUUAUAUAAAAAAAAGAAAACCUCAGGGUGCCGUCGUUUCAACGGUUACCAACAGCAGCAGCAGCAGCAAAAGCAACAUACAUAAAGCAUUGACUAUAUACACAACAUACAUACAUAAAAACAAACAAACAAACAAACAAACAUAUAUACAAAACGAACAACUACAUUUAAUAGAUAAUGUUGUCUUUUAUAGGGAAUUGUUAUAACGAUUCAGUUAAAUGAAAAAAAAAAAAUAAUGUAUUUAUUGCAACAACCUUUAUUUUAAUUCAGCAAUUCCGUUUCAACAAAUACUAUUUAGUUGCGAGCGAGAUCUUUUGCGUAGUCUUUGUUUGAUCUUAUUUUCCAACAUAAAUCAAGCGUAAGACAACAGCAAUUGUUUCGAAGAUUUAUGGUAACUUAGUAUUUUAUUAUACGUAAACUAAAUAAAUGAAAAGCAGAAGGACAGCGUUUGCCUUAACAUAACACUA